ACAAAACAAGUUAGGUUGUCAGACAGUCGGAUUGGGCGAUAACAAACCUCCCACCAAUUCUCCGGCGAGUCACGAGAGUUCGAACUUUAUCAGUGUGACUGGGGACUUCCAGAGCACGAGGACCCGCUCUGCCGUUUAAAAAGAAACAACAAACGCUGUUCACAACACCAGAAACGAUCGGCCGCUCGGAGGUUUUCGGGGUUAUUUUCUAGUAACGUUAGUACUUUUUACUAUGAUACACGGUGUCCUCUUCAAGCAGAUAGAGGAAGCCAAUCAGCUAGCGAGCUGGCUAACUAAACUAUCCAAAGGGGAAGUGGCAGCAGUCAUCGUUUAAGAGUUUCGCUAGCGUAGCUUCCGCCUAACACACCCACUUUCUGCCUAUUUGUUGUUCACAUUGGUUUCAGAUAACCUGGACUUAAACCAAUUUAAGCUUUCGACUGAACACAAAAGUAUGCUUUGGCUAAACAGAGCGUUUCGCCGUUGUUAGCCAGUUAGCGAGGCGAAUUGUCUCUCCAGCUCCCGCACAGGCUCGCUAGCCAGCCGUUACUGGAGUCGGCCUUAAAACACAGCAGCGUGGACGUUAUCACUCGUGCUGUUGUCACUCAUUAACGACGAAACGCUUGCCCUGACGGUUUAUUUCUAUGCAGUUUCUUCAUCGGGCUUUGGGGGAAAUAAGGAAGCAUUCAGCUACGCCUUUCUGCGUCCCUCGAGCACUGAAGUGCCUGGCGCAUCUCGGGAGAGCAGCUCUCUCAGCAUGCUGGACAAAAGAGCGGAGAUGAGCAGAUUGGCGUUUUAAUCGUCUUUGGUUUGAUUGGAACUGUCCGUUUGGGGAAGACGGGAACACAAGAGGCAAGAAUGAAGAAGUUUUCGCGUAUGCCGAAGUCAGAGAGCGGAAGUCUCGGGGGUGGGUCUGGAUCUGGUACUGGAAGCAGCAACUACAUCGGGAAGGUGUUUGCUGUCGGUCGAUACCAAGUGACGGUGGAGGAGCUGAUCGCUGAAGGAGGUUUUUCCAUGGUGUUUUUGGCCCGCACGCACAGUGGAGUAAGAUGUGCCCUGAAAAGGAUGUACGUGAACAAUAUCCACGACCUGAACAUCUUCAAGCGGGAGAUCACAAUCAUGAAAGAGUUGUCGGGCCACAAGAACAUUGUGCGAUAUCUGGACUCAACCACCAAUGCAGUGGGAGACAGUGUAUGGGAGGUUCUGAUUCUGAUGGAGUAUUGCAAGGCUGGUCAGGUGGUGAAGCAGAUGAACCAACGGCUGAGCGUAGGAUUCACUGAAGAGGAGGUGCUCAACAUAUUCUGUGAUGCCUGUGAAGCUGUUGCCAGACUCCACCAGUGUAAAACUCCAAUCAUCCACAGAGACCUGAAGGUAGAAAACCUCCUCUUGAAUGACCAGGGAAACUACGUCUUGUGUGAUUUUGGAAGUGCCACACACAAAGUUUUGCUUCCACAUAAAGAUGGUAUAGCUGCUGUGGAGGAUGAGAUCAAGAAGUACACGACUCUGUCAUACCGUGCCCCAGAGAUGAUUAACUUGUACCAAGGGAAAGCCAUCACCACAAAGGCUGAUAUCUGGGCGCUUGGAUGCUUGUUGUACAAGCUGUGUUUCUUCACACUUCCAUUUGGGGAGAGUCAAGUUGCCAUAUGUGACGGAACCUUUGCUGUUCCGGACGGUUCAAAAUUCUCCUCUAAGUUGCACUGUUUAAUAAGAUACAUGUUAGAGCCUGAUCAAGAAGAGAGACCUGACAUCUAUCAAGUUUCUCACUUUGCCUUUCGGUUAGCUGGAAAGGAGUGUCCAGUGCCAAAUCUUUUUAACUCUCCCCUUCCCACCUCAUUGCCGGAUCCACUUACUGCUAGUGAUAUUGCUGCUAAGAAGAGCCUGACAAAAGCCAGAAUAACAGAUUCAGUUGGACCAACAGAAACAUCAAUCGCACCCAGGCAAAGACCCAAAGCUGCAAAUACUAAUGUUUUGCCCUUGUCCAGCUCUGUAACUCCUGUGAAAAUGACUGUAUCCUCAGAGACGGUUGGCAACGGCCAGAAAGCUCCUGGAAAUGGGCAGCAGUCGGUGGCGCAGAUGCCGAGUAACAGUCAACAGAACAGAGUGUUACAGCAACUGCAGCCUGGUGACCUUCGACUACAACAGCUACAUCAUCAACAACAGCAGCAGCAGCAACAGCACAAUAUCCACCACCAACAGCAGGUCACUGCACAGCAGCUACAGUACAUGCAACAGGUAAUGAGUGCCUCAGGAGGUCAAGACCAGUGUUCUUUGUAAAUAUGUUUAAACAAU